CAACAAUCCCUCGGUUGACAGCCAUGCCCCGUGGAAUACUGGAAGAAACUAUUUGUCAUCAUCCUGGUGGAUUCUCGCGCAAAGAAGAGUUGCAGGAAGAACUCGAGGCCUGCACCAAAGCUUCAGCCAGACUCAGGAAACUUGGGCUGCCGUGCUUGGGCCAGGAGCAGCUUUUCUUGCGCAAGGGGCGGAUUCGAACCUCGGCCCUUGACUUCUUCAACGACGAUCAGCGGUCGGCUCCGCUGGAUGGCGAGAUUCCGGAGCUACUGGGGCGAGAGGAUCCGGCAUUGCAGGUCUUCAAAGAUCCAAUGGAUGACUUUCAGGCACCUCCCGUGGGCCUGGAACAGAUCGAUGUUCCCCGGCCCGGGCCCAGAGAACGUCCUUUCGUGUUGGAGGAGGUGCAGCUGGAUCAGCCUGGCCGGCGAUCAGUGGAGAUUCCGAUCCAUUCCCCUGAGGAAGCAAAGGCGCGCCGGGCCGCGAGCCGCAAGGGAUGA